GAGGCAGAAUUUAUUUAUUUAUUUUGACAGAAUAUUUGAUUCUUGAAGAGGAGCACACCAUCUCCGUUAAUAACGAAGAGACACCUUAAAAUCAUCGAACACUAAUAAUUGCAACAAAAUCAAUCGUUCUGUUCCAGAAAUUAAACAGUAAUCGUUCAUUCUGAAAAGUAAGAAGAAAAAAUGAAUUGUGCUCUGAAAAUCUCCUCUUCUUCAAUUUCUUCAUUACCCAAAGUUUCCCCAUCGAUUUGUUAUUCCCAUAAUGUUUUAUGGAUUAGUCCCGAGCCCAUUUACAGAAAUCACCCAAAUCUCACGGGUUCUCGCUCGCUUUCUUCGCCGCGGGCUAUGCCAAGUUCUGUUGGGGAUGUUCAUAGACGAAGCAGCCUUGAAUCACUUUUUUGUUAUGAUAAGCCUAUUCCGGAGGAGAUAAUUGAAAAACCUAUUGGGUUGUCGAUGGCCAUGAUAAAUGUUGGAGAUAAGCCCAGUUGCCCAAGUUGUCAAGCAAAAGGAGCUAUUCUUUGCAGCACCUGCUCAGGUUCAGGCUUAUAUGUAGACUCUAUCUUGGAGAGUCAAGGAAUCAUUGUCAAAGUACGGUGUCUAGGUUGCGGGGGAACUGGAAAUACCAUGUGUUCAGGAUGUGGGGGUCGAGGUCAUCUUGGUCUUGCUUGAUAAAAAGGUUGCCGGGAGCUGGGUAUGAUAUGCGCUCGGGAUGAGGGUGUCGAGAACACAUUGUUCUUGCUUGAUAAAAAUGUUUGCUUCUCAUUGAAUUAAAAUAGCCUUUCUGGAUGUUAAAAAAUACAUAUCAAAUGACGUUUGUACAAGAUAUGCUGGUUGAAUAUUCUUGCAAUUUUUGUUGUAAUUUGAAUUGAAUCGAAUCACGUACUAUAAAGUGCCUGUUAAAUUUUGUUUUAUUGAAGAAUUUUAUCUUGACAUGUA